CGGUUAGUGUGAAAAAUGCUGCCCCUCGGACGAGUUCUGCGAUCGCGUGCCCUGCAGCUGUUACAGACGUUACGCUGUCUGAGCAGCAAGGCUCCAGGCGAUGUUCUGCCCAACAGCUGUGAUGUCCUGAUCAUCGGCGGCGGCGGCAUGGGAGCCUCUUCGGCAUUCUGGCUCACGUCCAAGACCCGGCAGCAGGGAAAGAAGCUCAAUGUGCUGGUGGUGGAGCGCGAUCAUGCUUACACGAAGGCCUCGACUGUGCUGUCGGUGGGCGGAGUGCGGCAGCAGUUCUCACUCUCGGAAAACAUACAAAUGGGACUCUAUGGAAACGACUUCAUUGUGAAUAGCCAAAAGCAUUUGGGCGAUGUGGAUCUCUGUUUCCAGCCGCACGGCUACCUGGUCAUGGCCACUUCCAAGGGAGCCGAAAUCCUGACACAGAAUUCCAAGCUGCAGAACGAGUUGGGUGCCCGCAACAAACUGCUCGGCCCGGAGGCACUUCGCAAGCAAUUUCCCUGGCUCUCCACGGACCAAAUUGAACUGGGCUGCUACGGCAUUGAGAAGGAAGGAUGGUUUGACCCGUGGGCCCUGCUGAUGGGUUUCAAGAAGCAGGCGCGUUCCUUUGGCGCUCAGUUUGCCAACGGAGAAGUGAUUGGCUUCGAGUGGGAUGGCACUGGGGCUUUGUCGGGAGCAGUGGUGGAUGCUGGCGAUGGCAUUCAACGCACCGUGAAGUUCGACACCUGCGUACUGGCGGCAGGAGCUCACUCUGGUCAGCUGGCUAGCCUAGCAAAUAUUGGCAGCACCCACGCGAAGGAGGCACUGCUGCGAGUGCCUCUGCCGGUGGAGCCACGGAAGCGAUAUGUCUAUGUGUUCAGCACGCAGGGCAAGAAUUGUCCUGGCUUGGCCACGCCGCUGACCAUAGAUCCCGAUGGCACGUACUUCCGACGCGAUGGCCUGGGCGGUAACUUCCUCUGCGGACGCAGUCCCUGCGACGAGGAGGAGCCCAAUUGUGAUACCUUAGAUGUGGAUCAUGGCUACUUUGACACUGAUAUCUGGCCAACCCUAGCAAACCGUGUGCCCUGCUUUGAGGCUGUCAAAGUGCAGAGCAGCUGGGCCGGCUACUACGAACACAAUACGUUCGAUGCCAAUGGCAUCAUAGGCAGGCAUCCACACUACAGCAACCUCCUCAUAGCGGCUGGAUUCAGUGGCCAUGGCAUUCAACAGACGCCGGCUGUUGGACGAGCCAUUUCUGAACUGAUUUUGGAGGGCAGGUUCAGCACUCUGGACCUGUCGCGCCUGAGCUUUGAUCGUAUUGUAAAACAGCACCCCAUGUUUGAGGUUAAUAUAGUCUGAGGAGGCGAAUAUGUAGGAAAUUCGCUUCAAAUUUGAAAUC